AUGAAUUAUUUAUAUAUAAAUAAUUGUCCAUUCAAUACAUUUACAAUAACAACACUAUUAAGAGUGAUUAAUAUUUUUUUAAUACAAUAUCUAAUAAUUGCUCGUAAACAAUGCUUUAAUUUAGAACAUGAAUUAGAUUAUUGUUCUAGAAAGCAUAAAGUUCAUAUACCAACAAGUCAAUUAUCUGGUUACAGUUUUGGUUAUGGUUCAUUAAAUGAUACAGAAUAUAUGUGCCGUACUCGAUGGCACAUAUUGGUAUUUCACUGUAUGAGGAAAAGAGCAGAGGAAUCAUGUAAUCAUUCCGAUGAAGAGAAAUUUCGACAAAUUAUAUGGUCCAUUUCUCUAGAUACAAGAAAAUUUGAGAGAGCUGCUGGAUAUAUAUGUCAUGAACAUAAUUUGAGAAUUUUACGUGAACAUCAGUAUAGAUGUUUAAAACAACAAGAGAAAUUAGCUGAACAAUGUGCAGUUCAUAGAAAUGAAACAAUUAAAGAAGUUGUACUAGCAUUACAUAAUCAAUCUAGUCGAUUAUUAUCUAGUCCUAAUGAAUAUUAUUCUAUCAUUAAACACACAUUAACAUCAUAUGAAUGCAAAUCUCUACGAACAAAAUUAGAUUGUUUAUAUAAUAUAUUACAUAAUGCAUGUCCAUCCAAUGCAGUACGAUUAAUAAUGAAUUAUUUUAAAGAGACAUUACCGGAUGGUUGUACAUUUAAUUAUGAAACAAGAUUAUCAAAACAUUUAGAAUCAUUACAAAUGACAAAUUUAAUUAAUAAUGAUGAAAAUAUAGAUGAAAUGAAUAUAAGAAAACAAACUGUUAUAAAUAAUUUGCAUCAGAUUAAAGAAACUCAUUUAUACUCUCUUUUUCAACUGAAAUAA